AACCGUACAAAUUCUACAUAAAGUAAUUUUCUCUCUCGAGGGUGGUGUCUGAAUACGCGAUUAUUUGCCGGCGGGAUUUAUUAGGAAAUAUUGUGCGAAAAAUGUCUUCUGCCACGGGACGUAAACUGGCAGAUUUGCGUGUAUGUGAUUUGAAAGAUGAACUGGAGAAACGUUCACUGGAAGUGACGGGAAAUAAAACGGUUCUCGUCGAGCGUUUACAGAAGGCGUUGAAAGAUGAAGGCGAAGAUCCUGAAAGUUAUGUUUUCGAGCUGGCGGCAAGGCGAGCGACACCAGUCAAGAAAACGCCUGUGAAGGCCAAGUCGGAGGAUGACAAAGCAGGGGAUGAUGAUGCAAGCGGAGAAGUGGUUGUCGAUGAAGUUGGCACAGUUGAUGGGGAGGAUGAGAACGAUGAUGCUCAAAAUAAUGACGGUGAUAUGAAUGACAACGAAGAGUCUAUCAACAUGACCAUUGAGGAGGAUGAGCAGAAGUUAAUCCAUGCGCAGGCACAAGAUGGCAAGGACGAGAAGGAUGAGUCGAAAACAGAAGAUGGUAACGUGGACAGUGGCAAUGGUAAUAACAACGACGUGGUCACGAUCAAAACAGAGGUAGAAGAUGAUGCAGAGGACAACGAGGAAAGUACAGAGAACGCUGCUGAUGGAAUAGUUAAAAAGGAGAAUGCAAGCGAUGGAGCAGAUGGGGCUGAAGGAAAUGCCGAUGGGGAAAAUAAAGAUGAUGAUAGUGACCAAAAAUCAACGUCAAAAACUACUGCAUCCAGUAAAGAGGAUAAAGACAAGGCAGCAGCAGGUGGUGCGGCCGCCAAGAAAUCGUCAGCUUCAUCGAGUCGCAAUCUAUGGGUAUCAGGUUUAUCCUCUAUAACGCGUGCCAGCGACUUGAAGACAAUUUUCUCCAAGUAUGGAAAAGUGAUUGGUGCAAAAGUUGUAACGAACACUCGAACGCCUGGAACACGUUGCUAUGGGUACGUUACGAUGGCAUCAUCGGCGGAUGCAUCGCGUUGCAUUGAUCAUCUCCAUCGCACCGAAUUGCAUGGUCGUAUCAUAUCAGUGGAGCGUACCAAAAGCGAAAUUGGAUCAGCAUCGUCGGCACCGAUACCGAAAAAGGACGACAAAACCAAGGAAGCAACUUCUGAUAAGGGCGAUUCGAAAGAGGAUGCUGCCAAGGAAGGAGUCAACGGUAAAGAACAAGAUAGAGCGGGAAGUGCGGAGAAGCGGUUAAGUACUGACCGCAAGAAAUCGGAAAUUAGGAGUCGUAAGGGAUCCAAUGCACGCAGUGAACGGAAGCCGAUACGAUCCACGUCGCGUGGACGUCGUCGCAGUCCUAUUCAUCGUGGUGGCCGCCGCUCUCUGGACCGUGAUCGAGAACGUAAACGUGAUGUUCUUUCAUUCCAAAAGAUACGGGAAGAGCGUGAACGGCAGAGGUUGCGGGAACGUGAGCGUGAAUUGCGCGAGGAAGAACGACGCCGUCGAGACAUUAGACGACGUCAACGCGAGGAAGAGGAACGUUUGACCAGGGAACGUGAAAAGCUGCGAAUGGAGCGAGAGCGAUUGGAACGCGAGAAAGCUGAACUCUUACGAUUGGAACGUGAACGACAAAAGUUGGAACGUGAGAAAAUUGAAUUGGAGCGGCUUGAGUUGAAGCGUCAACAGAUGAAGAUCAUGCAGCGAAAUGAAGAUGCCAAGAGAUCUCUCAAGCGGCCAGCUUCCGAUGAUCGUUACAAUAAUAGCAGCCAUCCGGAUAAUAAACGCUCGAAUACAGAUAGACGCUUUGAGGCACCUCCACCGCCGAGAUUUGAUUCGUCGCUAGCAAGGUCAGCUGAUAAGAAACGCGAUGAUUACAGCAGCUCAAAACGUGAGGACUACAAACGGGACAUAGACGUUACCCAGUCACGACACUCUUCGUCAAAUUAUCAUAGCAGCCGAGACAACCAUAAGGACAGUCGUUACACGAUCCCAGACCCGCCACGUACAAGCUUCCGCCGUGAUGAACGUGAUAGCCGAAAUUCGGGCAGCAAACGCUUCGAUGCUCCAUCAUAUGGUGAAAGGUCAAGCGGCGGCGGUGGAGGCGGAAGUAGCAGCAGUUCAAACUGGCAUAAUUCUGGACCGCCGGCCAUUAAGUCAUUCGCGGCUAGUCAAAUGUCGAACAGUGUUCCGAGCUGGCAAUCGAAGUCGUCGGAGAGCAGCAACAAUCAUUGGCCAUCACAGGAUCGUUACGAUCGAACUUACAAUGAGCGAUCUGGACCUUAUAUGGAUGCCCCACCACGACAGAGCGGCAUGUUCGUGGGUAGCGGAGGUGGUGGACGACCACAAGAUCGUUAUGGUGGGCAGAUAUCGCGAUACGACAGUGGGAAAUAUUGAAACCUUAAAUUUUUAUCGAUGAUUUUAUAAAUUUAUAUGAAUUAAGGAUUCACGAAUUCUGCUAGUUGUGCACAUUCACAUGUGUAUUGUUUGAAAUAUAUUUCCGUAUUAUUAGUGGAUAUGUUUUAAGAUUGUCUAUUGUGGUCCUGAUAUGCUACAAGAGUAGCAGCGUGAAGGGGACAACAGUAGUGAAUUUUUGAUUCUAUACAAUAUAAAUGAAUUUGUUUUAGUUUUGUAUGAUAGUGUUUCAAUAAAAUCGAUAUAAUUGAUGAAGAAA